GAAUUAAUGUGAUUGACUUCUUGAGAUUCAUUAAACAAAUUCUGAAAAUAUUUCAAAGUUUAUCCAACUUGCAUCGCCGCUAGAACAUUGCGUUCCAUAAUGUUGAGUAUUUUGUUGCCUGAUCUAUAAAUACAGUGAGUAACAAUAUUCUCAAGCCUCACCAUAAACUAUGAAUUAUAACUAUCAAUAGUGAACAGGAAUUAAUUAAUUGAUUAAGAAUUUUCCGAGAGGGAUUACACGAGGCUCCAGCCAUGAGGAGAAGAGGCUGGUGCUCCGCUAGCUGUUUCCUACUCAUCGUGUCUGGCAUGGCUUUCACUCGCUUCACGCGCCGCGUGUCCCACGCUCCCGACACCUACACCCCUAACGAGUUGGGCGUGUGCACGGGCCGACGUUGGCCCGCGGACGUCCCCCCGCUGUACGUGAUCACUCCGACGUACCGCCGAGCUGAGCAGAUCCCUGAGCUCACCAGACUCGCCCAGACCCUCUUGCUGGUGGACAGCUUGGUCUGGAUCGUCGUCGACGAUGCCGACGAGCCCACGCCUGCAGUCGUCAAUUACCUGCAGGAGCGACGUAUAUGUCACGUCUACUUAAUAGAAACAAGCGCAGAAGAGGCGCCCUGGGAUCGUUUCCACGGAGAAGCACGCCGAGGAGAGAGGAUCACGCUGUGCCGUAAAAGCUUCAACUUCACAAGAGCCAAACUUUCUGCCGCUAUCAAAGAAACAAACUUCAUGCGACUCUUCGAAGUCUCCUAG